AUGUCAAAAAGUGUAGAGGCUACGCUCGAGGGAAAGUAUCCAGCGAAGGCGCACUGUCGUCGGGUAGCGCAAUAUCUCCUUGAUCAAAACUUGUCUCGUGAUGGUGUUAUCUAUCUGGAAGCACAGAAGACUCGCAUGGUCGAAGAUGACGAUCAAGCCAUGCACUUUCGCCAGCGGCGCUACUUUUUCUACUUGUCGGGUUGCAAAUUGCCAGACGCUUACCUGUUAUACAGUAUCCCGCUCGAAAAGCUCACCUUGUUUAUUCCUCCUGUUGUCCAAGAAGAGGUCAUCUGGUCAGGUCUGCCUGAAUCAAAGGAGGAGGCAUUGGCAAAGUACGAUGUGGAUGAUGUGAAGUACACGAACGAAGUGAACGCGGCUUUGGCUGCGUAUGGGCCGUCGAAAAGCACGACCGUUUAUGCUAUACCAGAGCAAAUAGCUGAGCAUAUCACUUUUCUGCCCUUCGCUGCCACAAAUGUCGAUACCCUCCGUACCGCGAUUGACGAGUGCCGAGUAGUCAAGGAUAGCUAUGAGGUGGCAUUGAUCAGGAAGGCCAACCAGAUCUCGACUAAAGCACAUAUUGAAGUACAGCAAGUUGCCCGGCAUGCUCAGAAUGAGGAGGAACUCUAUGGUGCUUUCAUUGGAAGUUGCAUAAGUAAUGGCGCCCAUGAACAGGCAUACCAUUCUAUAUGUGCAAGUGGAACCUCUUGCGCGACACUGCACUACGUGCGGAACGAUCGACCAUUGAGGAACAGGCUGAAUGUGCUAAUGGACGCGGGCGCAGAAUAUGAUUGCUAUUGUGCUGAUAUUACACGAACGUUUCCCCUCAGCGGCACGUUUACCCCCGAGUCUCAAACGAUAUAUGACAUAGUGAAAGACAUGCAAGAGGCAGCCUUCAAGAUGCUUCAUGCGAACGUGCAGUGGGAGGACGUUCAUGCCGAAACCCAUAGAGUUGCUAUCAGAGGACUUGUCAAGGCUGGUAUCCUGGUUGGAGACGAGAAAGAGCUCUUCGAUAGUCGUGUUUCAGUGGCUUUUUAUCCUCACGGGCUUGGACACUAUCUUGGGAUGGACACUCACGACACAGGUGGGCACGCUAACUACGCCGACAAGGAUAGCAUGUUCCAGUACCUCCGUGUCAGAGGUCGCGUGCCUGCUGGUGCUGUUAUCACCGUCGAGCCUGGCGUCUAUUUCUGCAAAUUCAUAAUUGAGCCAAUACUCGACAAAGAGGUGGGCAAGCACAUUAACAAGGAAGUGUUAGAAAAGUUUUGGGACGUUGGAGGUGUGAGAAUUGAAGAUGAUGUGUUAAUUACGGACGAAGGUUUCGAAAACUUAACCGACACGCCGAAGUUAUAG